AUGAAGAGAAUCUGCCCGAGAGGGGGGGGGAAGAUCCACUCUUCCCCGUCGUGCGCCGGCGGCGGCAGCGGAAGAGACGCGGCGGCGGCGCUGAACCUGCUGCCGGCGGCGAUCCUGGCGCUGACUGCGGCGCUUGGGGCGGAGGACAGGGAGGUGCUGGCGUACCUGGUGGCGCGCUCCCUGCAAUGGCCGUGGCCGGCGGCUGCGGCUGCGGAGGAGGAGAAAGCAGGCCGACGGCGGCGGCGGCGGCAGCUACCCUCGUACUGUGGAUGUUUCGAGUGUUACACCGGCUACUGGUUCAGGUGGGACUCCUCCCCAGACAGGGAGCUCAUCCACAGGGCCAUCGAGGGCUUCGAGGAGCACCUGGCCAGCUCGGAGGGGCGGCGGAGGGGUGGGCGGCGCCGCCACCGCCGGCUCGGGGAUCGGGCGGAGAGGGUGACGGAGACGGCGGCGGAGGGGCCUGCCGGAGAGAAGAGCUCCUCCUCCUCCUCGUCGGAGGACGAUGCUGCAGAGGAGAGGGACCAGCUGAUGGCGGCUGUGGAGGUGGAGGAAGGUAGCGGCGGGAUGAACGUUGCGGCGGCGGCGGCAGCGAACUACCAGCAUUCCGCCGCGAGGGGCCGGCGGUGGAGAGGCGUCAUGGGCCUCUUCACCUCUACUCUGUGGAGCCUCUGGCUUCCUGGCGUUUGA